UCUGUGCUUCUUGUUGCCAACAGUGAUUCGGUCCCUUCAGUCUGUUCUUUACGAGAUGCUGCUUGUCUCUCUUACUGACUCCCUCGGGUCGUCUCUUACUAGAUUGACCUCAUUUCUCAGACCUCACCGUGAUCCCUGACGGCAUGAGAGUGAUUCCAGCUCAGACUUCCAAGAAUCUCUUCUUGCACUCGGAGACAAACAAGUGACUCACCUGAUCAGGGAUGUUCUCUCCAUAUAAUAUACAAUUAUUGAUGCUCCUCAAAGGUUAUAGGUCAGGUGCAGCAACACUUCUUAUUGGCCAUCUCACUGCUGCACUCUGAAAGACUUCCGCUGGCUGGGCCGGACACUUUCCGGUUUAGCUCUCUGCUAACUGAAAUGGGGAUAAAAUAUUCAGACUUUCCAAAUGUCAUCGGACUGAAUUGAUCAAACUCUUAAUAGUAAAAGGAAUCAUUUCGCCGGGUUGUGACCAGCGUGCGAAAUAUGGCGAGAACCCCUCUAUUGGACACUUCAGACCCCCCUGAUAGCCUUAUUGUUAGCGAUACAGCCUAGUACCCGUGGCUUACAUCCAUGCAGCUUGUAUAUUGUGUAUUGAGUCUGUGUGGGACUUCUGCAUGAUACUGGACUACUAGGUGGUGGGGGAGGGACCCCUCCAUUGAUACCAGGUAUUUUUGCACACUGGCUGUGACAAAAUAAUUUAUCAAACAGUUUCACAGCAGCUUCAGUAGUGACAGCGGAGGCUUCGUGAAUCGGCUGAUCGGCUCGUGUUUUUGUAGUUUGAGGAAUUCCAAAAUAACUAUUUAAAACAACACUGUGUGUGUGUGUGUGUGUGUGUGUGUGUGUGUGUGUGUGUGUUAACGGGACAAAGGAAGUGCGUGUCUGUGUUUCCACUUCAAUACAUUCCUUUUAAAAUGGUGUUUUUAUGCCUCACUACACACAAAAUAACAUGAAUGCUACAUAAACAAAAGGCCUUACAUUUGAAGUUACCAAAUCAGCAUCACUGCCAAACAUUUGGGUCGUAUUAGGUUGCAUGCCACCAGUAUGUCAUAGUGAGGGCAGUGCGGUUUGUGGUUUGCAUCAUGUUCCCAACACUGAUGCUGUGUCUUGUUCUUUCUAAUAUAAUGUUUUAUUGAUGCAACGGUACCCAAAAAGUGUUUUCUUAAAGUGUAGCACCAAAGCGCUCUGGAUGAGGUUGGGUUGGUUGGCGGCUGGUCGACACUAGAAGUAUGUCAGCCGGUUGAGUCACCGACUGGUUUCUACCUUAUUAUGGAGCUCGGGCCUCCUGCUAGAAUUAACCUCCCCCUCUUUCUUUAUCUCUCCUCUCUCUUGUUGUGGACACCUCAUGGAUAUUUGUCCUCCUUAAUCUGGAGCAUUCCCCUGUGGAUUAUGAGCGUGUGUUUACCAACAUGUUUGCGCCACAAAACCACACAUUCUAACAAAGAUCUUUCCAACGAGGAGAAAUGAGUCAGAGGCGGUUAAUCGGUGUUGUCCGCUGUGAUGCAGCGUGGUAAAUAACAACCGCUGAUUCACCGUGUCCAAAGUGUGGCGUAAGCAUGUGUGUGCACGCACAUGGGAACCGAGUCGCUCGUUCACGGCUCAGUGACACAUGAGGCCAGCUGUGAAAACACACAUGUGUAUAUAUAUAUACACACACAGCUCAGGGUGUGAUGGUCCUGCAGUGGGAUUAUCCAAGUAAACCUGCCUGCUAAUGCCUUCUAAAGAGGUUUGCAGUGGACGGCUUCCCUCUGGGCGGCUGAGACUUCAUGUGAAUAUCCACGUCUGCAGCUCAGGAGAGAAGAAUCUGUAGUAAAGAAAGUAGAUGUUUGGUUUGUUUUUAAGCGGCUGGUGUACUUCUUAUUGCUGCAUGGACUCUUAGAAGUGAGAGAGGUAAGAGGGAGGAGUAAAGGAGGUGAACACACCAAUAUGCCAACAUGCUUCUGGAAAUGAAUGGUGAAAUGGUUUCAGCGACAGAAGAAUGUGUCGGACCGAUGAGACUGACCCAAGAGCCCAUCCAGGUCCUGCUGGUGUUCGCCAAGGAGGACAGCCAAAGCGAUGCCUUCUGGUGGGCCUGCGACCGCGCCGGGUUCAGGUGUAACAUCGCACGGACGGCCGAGUCUGCCGUCGAGUGUUUCCUGGACAAGCACCACGAGAUUAUAGUCGUUGAUGGACGCCACUCUCGCUACUUUGAGCCCGAAGCUGUAUGCCGGUUGAUCCGUGCAACGAAGCCGUCCGAAAACACCGUUAUUCUGGCUGUUGUGCCGCAAAAACCGGCUGACCAGGACGAGCCGUCUGUUCUUCCUCUCCUCUGUGCCGGAUUCAGCAGAAGGUUUGUGGAGAGCAGCAGUGUGUCGGCGUGCUAUAAUGAGCUCAUACAGAUUGAGCAUGGAGAGGUGCGCUGCCAGUUCAAACUCAGGGCUUGUAACUCCGUCUUCACGGCUUUGGAGCACUGUCACGAGGCUGUGGAGAUCACCAGUGAGGACCACAUAAUACAGUACGUGAACCCAGCGUUUGAGCGGAUGAUGGGCUAUCACAAGGGGGAGUUGAUCGGGAAGGAACUGACCGAACUCCCCAAGAGCGACAAGAACAGAGCCGACCUGCUGGACACCAUCAACACCUGUAUCAAAAAAGGAAAGGAAUGGCAGGGCAUGUACUACGCCAGGAAGAAGUCGGGCGACAGCGUACAGCAGCAUGUGAAGAUAACACCUGUCGUCGGUCAAGGAGGGAAGAUUCGACAUUUCGUGGCCAUCAAGAGACCUCACAUUGACAACAAUAAUCAGGUCCACAGGUUCAACAAGGAGGAGCGAUGCAGCGGGGAGCAUUCCCAGUCAGAGUGCCAUUCUCUACGUCACCGGGACAGGAGGAAAGAUUCAAUCGACGCCAGAUCGCUCAGCUCUCGCAGCAGUGACGCUCCCAGUUUACAGAAUCGAAGAUAUUCCUCCGUCGCCAGGAUUCACUCCAUGACUAUCGAGGCUCCCAUCACAAAGGUAAUAAACAUCAUCAACGCGGCCCAGGAGAACAGUCCGGUGACGGUGGCCGAGGCCCUGGAUCGAGUGUUGGAGAUCCUGAGAACCACGGAGCUCUACUCGCCUCAGCUCGCCUCCAAAGAUGACGACCCCCACACCAACGACCUGGUCGGGGGGCUCAUGAGUGAUGGACUGCGGAGACUCUCUGGGAAUGAAUAUGUCUUCUGCAAAAAUAUGAGCCAGAGCCAGCUGGCCAUCCCAGUCACUCUGAAUGACGUCCCUCCGCCCAUCGCCGAGAUGCUGAACGAUGAGGAGUGCUGGGAGUUCAACAUCCUGGAGCUGGAGGCGGCUACACACAAGAGACCGCUGACUUACCUCGGGCUGAAGAUCUUCACCAGUUUCGGCGUGUGCGACUUCCUGAGCUGCUCGGAGGCCACGCUGCGCUCCUGGCUGCAGCUCAUGGAGGCCAGCUACCACUCCUCCAACUCCUACCACAACUCCACGCAUGCCGCAGACGUGCUGCACGCCACUGCCUACUUCCUCCGCAAAGAGAGAGUCAAGACCAGUCUGGACCAGCUGGACAAAGUGGCUGCUCUGAUAGCGGCCACGGUGCACGAUGUGGACCACCCGGGCAGGACCAACUCCUUCUUGUGCAACGCCGGGAGCGAACUGGCGAUCCUCUACAACGACACGGCCGUGCUGGAGAGCCACCACGCGGCCCUCGCCUUCCAGCUCACCGUCCGAGACAGCAAGAGCAACAUCUUCAAGAACACAGACAGGAAUCAGUUUCGAACACUGCGACAGGCAAUCAUAGACAUGGUGCUGGCUACAGAGAUGACGAGACACUUUGAGCACGUCAGCAAGUUUGUCAACAGCAUCAACAAGCCGAUGGCUGCCAUAGAGGAGACCAGCAAGAGUAGCGUGAACAGCGACUGUGAGGGUCAGGCCAACAUCAGGAACUCUCCAGAGAACCGUCUGCUGAUAAAGAGGAUGUUGAUCAAGUGUGCAGAUGUGGCGAACCCCUGCAGACCGCUCGAGCUCUGCAUCGAGUGGGCUGGACGCAUCUCUGAGGAGUACUUUGCACAGACGGAUGAGGAGAAGACACAAGGGCUGCCGGUGGUGAUGCCGGUGUUUGACAGGAACACCUGCAGCGUUCCCAAAUCUCAGAUCUCCUUCAUGGACUAUUUCAUCACUGACAUGUUUGACGCCUGGGAUGCCUUCGCCAGCCUGCCUGGUCUCAUGGAACACCUGUCGGAGAACUACAAGUACUGGAAGGGCCUGGACGAGAUGAAGUGCAAGAGCCUGCGUCCUCCGCCUCUUUCCUGACCUCUUCCUCCUCCUCAUCGCCUCCAUCACUCUGAGCAGGGUGGGACAGCGAAUGCAGCCCUGCGGUGGAACAAUUAGUCUCUUCAGCUGUGAUUCGACGGAGCUCUGCACCCCCCCCCCCGACAAGUUCACGGGCCCCGAGGCUGGGGGGGGAGCCGACAACUGACUGACGAAACACUGAGACGCCGUUCUUCAAUCUCAAAUCACAGCCUCUUUUCUUGCGUGGUUCUUGGCGGAGGUGGUGUUCUGCCAUCGGAGAAGAGGUUGUCGUUUGAGGGGCCCCGUGGACUCCAUGGCCCCGCUGAGUCCUCCUGAUAGCACCUCCGUGAAGCUGUGAGGACCUCGCAGAUCACCUGACAAUCUGUACCAUCCAGUGUAACACACCACAAACCUGCACUUUAGAUAAUCAAGACAUUUCCAGCAUCCUCUUGUUUUAUUUUCACAGUUUUUAAUCUUCGUCAAAAACAAAUCUUUUCACUUUGUCUGUCUGUUGCUGUAGAACAAACACCUGGUGAACGAGAUGGUCACCAAAGCUUGUUGCUUUUUUAAAUUGCCUACUUGUGAAGUUGCUCAGCUGGAAUAACUGUGAUAGGAUCCACGGCAUGAGGGACACUUUGAGUCGUGCCUCCCUGUCGGCCGUGCACAGAGAGAACUUGCCGGACAGAUUUAAGAACCUGGAGUUCUAGAGACGGUUAGCUGUGGUCCACUCAGAGGGGGAGAACCAGCCACGCACACAGGGUUUCUAAACGUCCAGCCUCGUAUACAGAGCGGACGUCUGGAUGCUGGAUUUAAAGAUCAUGUAGCUACGUUACAGCAUUGUCGUCCUUUCGUUAACAUCUCUGUCAGAACAAAUUUGAGGAACAGAAUUGCACUGUCACCGGUUCAGCUGCGAUGCACUCACACACUCACACACUCACACACACUCACACACACACACACACACACACACACACACACACACACAC